AUGAAGCGUUUCGCGACUGGUGCGCAGACCUGGGCAGUACCUGGGGCUUUCAAAGCAAAUUUUGAACAUACCUGUGGUCUUCGUGCUACUUCAAAUCGCCAGUAUGCCUUGACCCCAACACCCCGGCGCAUGCGGGCACAAAGCCACUCCCCGACGCAAGAUAGCCAGAUAUCUUCGACCAGUGCCUCUUCCACGUCACAAGCGCACCCGUUGGGCGGCUUCUACUCCUUGAUCCUAGAGUCCCCCUUGCAGUCCCAUCAAACAGUGACAUUACAGUCGCAGCCAAGCCCGAAAACCUCCUCGACGCCUGCGUCUACAGCUGAGACCUCCAAGCCGCAGACCCCGCAAGAAAAGAUGGCCAUUGUCUUUGGUACACGUCUCGCGGGGCCUGGCCGCCAAUCUAGAUAUAAUCCUGGUGAAGCGCCACCGGAGUCAACAUGGAAGACUAUCAAUGGGGUACCGAUCCCACCACGCCCCGAGGAGCCAGAAAAUUGCUGUAUGAGCGGCUGUGUACAUUGUGUGUGGGACGACUUCCGCGACGAGAUGGAAGAAUGGGCUGCCAGAGUUGCAAAAGCAAAGGCAAAGGCUGGCAAGGACACCGUCGCGAAAGAUGUGCGCACCGCACCUCGUGCCGAGGUUGACUCCGCCAGUCUGAGCAUGGACGACGAUGGCGGCGGAAGCGAGACCAACUGGACCGUCCCGAAUCCGGAGGAUGACCUGUUCGCCAACAUUCCGGUUGGUAUUCGAGAGUUCAUGAAAACCGAGAAGAAAUUGCGGCGCAGAUGGACCGCUUACUCCGCCUCCGAUCGUCCGCGUACUGGCUCCCUAGCCCAUCGUGAACCUGCCGAGACGCCUCAAAAAUGGCGCACCGAUCAAGCUCGUUAUCCUGCAUUCGGCGGCUCAAACGAGCGCCGAUACUGCACCGGGAAGAGCUUGGUGACGCUAAUCGCUAUUUCCUUGGCUCACGACUUGAUUCAACCGGCCGCCCAGCUGCCCGCAAGCGCGCUUUUACACAAGCCUAGCGGUGUGCAACAGAACUUUACGUCGUACCAGAGUCGCGAUAUUAUCGUCCUCGCACCAUUCGAUCCUUCUCUCACACCCUCGAGUCGAGGUCCAUCAUCGCCGAAAAUGCUGAAACCAUUCAUCAAUCCACGACGGCUAGCAAGUCUCAUAUCGAUGGAGACAUGGGAACAACUAAAGACGGAAGCUUUCUCGCGCAUGAUUACAAGGCUGAAGGAAGAGGGAUUGUGGGAUGCACUGGUUUCUGAAUGGCGCCUGGCCCACUUGAAAGAGGAGCAGCCUUUACCCGCAAGCCCCGGCCCUUCCAGACCCGAGGAGAAGCAAUCAGGGGUAGAGAAGGAAACAGAGCCAGGUAUUUCUAGUGAAGAGCUGGCUACUGGAGAGCUGGGCGUUUUGUCACUCGGGUUGGGUCAGGAUGAUGUCCAAAUGUUCCACUCCCUGGAGCAAAAAAACCUUCUUCAGCACGACGUUGAGUUCUCCGGCAACCAGUUUGAGGGCAUGACGUGUCUUGCGACAUGCUCGAUUCCUAGCCUCAAGCAGGAGAUACAAGCCUCAGGAUAUGGAAUGAGAAAGCGAGAUGCCAAGAAAGAGGCGAUUUAUGCGCUUAUAUCAAAGUUGCGAGAAUCAGGUGUCUGGGAACAGCUACUACGACGCGAUCAUAUCAGAGUUACCGUCAAUGAUGACCUGCUGUACAUGAUGCAAUAUGGGACGCAAACGUUGAAUGAUGCGAAUGGCAAGAUGAAAUCGUUAAUGAAAGUCAAAACAAAGACAGAUCGACCACUCCAGGCCGACAAGGGGGUGAAUAAUGCCUACAAGACGAAGAGGUCCGAGCAGCUCGCCCAAUCGCUUCGGAAAUUUCGUCAAUCCAAAGACCCUAAGGUGGUGGCGAUUCGGUCCACGGCCAGCUCUUUACCCGUCAAUGAGCACAAGGAUAAAAUCCUGAAUCUCAUCAAGGAGGAGACUUACAGUAUUGUCGUGGCCGAGACGGGGUCUGGAAAAUCGACACAGGUCCCUCAGAUGAUUCUCAAUGAUGCUAUCGAGGAAAGCAAAGGUGGCCACUGCAAUGUACUCUGCAUUCAACCCAGACGCAUUGCGGCUCGUAUGCUGGCGCAGCGGGUCGCUCACGAGAGGCUUGAGAACAUCGGCAACACAGUGGGCUACAUGAUCAGAUUUGGAAUCAAAAGACCCGCGAAAGGUGGUAGCAUCACCUAUUGCACGACGGGGCUGGCUUUGAACAUGCUGCAGGAUAAUCCCGAUCUUUUGAAUUCCUUCUCUCAUAUCAUUCUUGACGAGGUUCACGUCCGAGAUAUCGACAUAGACUUUGUGAUGCUGCUUCUGAAGAGUCACAUCGACAAAUGUCGGGUGGCGGGCAUACCCACUCCGAAAGUUGUGGUCAUGAGUGCCACGGUUGAUGUCGACCUUUUCGCUUCAUACUUCUGCAACAUAGGCCCAGACGGGAAGCCAGUCCCCGCGCCACACGUUUCAAUCCCUGGUCGUCAAUUCCACGUGAAGUCACGCUAUCUAGACGAAAUCAUUGGCACUUUGACCGACAAAUUCAAGGAAGACGUUCUCGCGUGGUGCCUGAAAGAGCCUGCGACGGCCAAAUUCCUAAAAAACCACUAUCGAAACUUCGCCCCCGAGGCCGAGACCGAGGACGCGGAUGACGCGAUUGAGGAUGACGAUCUCGGAGUUUCUCCCCCGGCUGCGGAGGAAGGCGACAAAACUAUACCUCUAUCACGCCCAGUUGGUUUGAAGCGAGUGGAUGAUGCGUCUUUUGUUCCAACAGGUCUGAUUGCUGCCGUGACACAUCACCUGUUGAGCACGACGGAUAGUGGGGCGAUCUUGAUCUUCCUGCCCGGCCUCAGCCAGAUCAUUGCCACAGAGUCGCAGAUCCUCCAGGCCGCAGAAAUGUUGGGCCUGGACUUUUCGGACGAGAAGAAGUACAAACUCUUGAAACUGCACAGCAGCCUCCCUGAGGAACUCGCAAACCUGGAACGUGACAUACCCGAAGGCUGCCGUAGGAUUCUACUUGCGACUGAUAUUGCAGAAGCAUCGCUGACAAUCCCCGAUGUGAGAUAUGUGGUUGACUCUGGAAAAGUAAACCAGCUGAUGUACGACCCUUGGAGUCGAUCCCAUCAGAUGACCUGUUCUUGGGCUAGUCAAUCGAGCACAGUUCAGCGAGCUGGACGGGCAGGCAGAGUUCACGACGGCGAGUAUUUCUUUAUGGGCAGUAAGGAAUGCUUCGACUCACUACGAGUUACCAAAUCGCCUGAGAUCUUACGAAGUGAUCUGCAAUCUGUCUGUCUCCGUGCAAAGCUGUCGAAUCCAUCGUCGACAAUCCGCGGAUUCCUGCAGCAAGCCAUCGAGUCCCCCGAUAUUUCCGAUAUCGACAUGGCGGUUGACUCGCUGAAGCAAUUGCAAGCACUGGAUAGCAACGAGACUCUGACCAAUCUUGGCUCUCUGGCCAGUCAUAUGCCAAUCCUUCCGCCUCAUCUUGCCAAAUUGGUUGUUCUGGGUACAAUUUUCCGAUGCCUUGACCCACUUCUGAUCCUGGCCACAUUAGGACAGCAAUCAAACUUCUUCUACCGAGGAAGCGAUGAUCAACAAAAACUGAACGCUUGGAAUAAUCAAUCUGCAUUUGCUGGGCAAAGCUCGAGUGAUCAUCUGAGCACGAUCAACGCCUUCAAGGCCGUUCGGUCUGUUUGGAUCGAGGAAGGAGCGCGGGCCGCCCAGAAGUUUGCGAUUUCCAAGAACGUCUAUUUUCCAGUCUACCGUGAAGCAUAUCUCACAUCCAACCAGAUUCUGCGCCAACUGGAGCAAGCUCAAAUUGUCGACAAAUGGCUCUUGACUGGAAAGGAUGCCGAGGGUCGCUUCGGCGGACCAAAGCUGAACGUGAAUUCACACAAUGUCCCCUUGAUCAAGGCAUUGUUGCUUCAUUGUCUGUACCCUCGGCUUGCAGCCCCGACACCAGACUCGAACUCUACGUUUGUCACCCAGACCGAGCAAAAGGCUGUCUUGUUCUCAGGCAGCAUGACCAAAUCGGGAAGAAAAGCUCCUCGGACACUCAUUGUUUUCAAUCAAAAGUUCCUGUGGGGGAAACCCCCGCACAUCACCGCGUUCAAAGAAGCUUCAAUCGUGACGCCUCUUGCAGCGAGCCUGCUCGGGGGGCAGUUAGCCGUGCAUCGCUCCUCUAUGAUCAUGGAUUCGUGGUUGCGUAUGGGCGUGGAAGUCCUUGACGCAGCGGCAUCACCAAAUGAGGUGAUCAAUGACAUGAUCCAAUUCAAGGAGACUUUGAACGAGGCAUUGACCACGGCAUUCGAGUCCUACCAAAGCAAUUUCGAGAUCCUGCAAAACAAGAAGACAAGAGGAGCCUUUUUCAAUGCUCGCAGUGAAUUUUCCACGAACUUGCAACAAGUCGUUACUGAGAUAUUAGAUCGCGACUGUGAUCAUGCUCGAGCAUCUGCGCCUUCGGCAUGGAAUGCUCAUGACCUAAGCCAUUAUUCGGAUUAA